UUUUCAUUUUGACGACUUUCGCAAUAAAAUAGUUUAUUUAUUUUUGUCAAAAAUAAUAAAAUUAAAAUUAAAUAAGAAAGGGUCUAGGGUAGAGCUCAAUGUUAUGGAUGAUAUGAUGGAGAAUAGCAUCAUCUUCACCAUUGGUGAUUCUUCGUCUUCUCCAUUUUUCGAUGCUUAUUCCCAAAGGUACUCCUUGAAGAUCCCCUUCCAUUUUCUUUUUGUGUGUCUCAAUUUCUAACUAUAACUUUUUUCACUGAAAAUAUUAAGAAUGAUAUUUUGUGUAUAAAGAUAUAAAUUUUACAAUUUUGAAAUUAAAUCCAUGAUAUGGUUAGGAUUUUGUUGGGUUUUAUUUUUAUUUUCAUUUUGUCAAAGUGGGUGUGUGAGGAUUCUGUCAUCUGAUUCAUAAAUCUAGGGUUUUGAUAAUGGAGGGGUUGAUAAUGUUGUGGGGAUUGAUAUGAAUGAUGAUGGUGUUUAUAAGGUUGUUUUGUUGAAUUUUGUUUUUGGGAUAUGGCAAUAUUGUACCCACCAGCAAUAGAAUUCAUCAUCAACUAGAUGAGGUGGUAGUCCAAUGGGUGGUUCUCUUCUCACUUGUUGUUUGUCAAUGGAGAAUCAUCACCCAUCCACACUCUUGUCCAUGGAUUCAAGUGCAACUUCUCAUGAAGAGUUGGAUUUGGAGAUGAAUAGGCAAAUCGUACUCUCACGUCCACCUGAUAUCAAUUUGCCACUCUCAGCAGAGCGUAGCCCCCCUCCACAGCCAUGGAAUUCUGAGCCUUGUGAUGUUUUAGAUGUUGGUCUUGGUACUCAAGGAUAUGAGACUGAGAGUUUUCUCAACCUCCCCAAAGUUGGAAGGAAAUGCGCCAAGCGACUUGAUAGCAUAUGGGGUGCUUGGUUUUUCUUCAGAUUUUACUUUAAGCCAGUAUUGCUUGAAAAAUCUAAGGCCAAGGUUGUUAGGGACACCAAUGGUGUUUCGGGGUUUGAUAUUGAUAAGUCUGAUCUUAAGCUUGAUGUUUUCAUGGUUCAACAUGACAUGGAAAACAUGUACAUGUGGGUUUUCAAGGAGAGGCCAGAGAAUGCAUUGGGUAAGAUGCAGCUGAGGAGUUACAUGAACGGGCACUCUCGCCAAGGGGAGCGCCCUUUUCCUUUUAGUGUUGACAGGGGUUUUGCUCGAUCCCACAGGAUGCAACGGAAACAUUAUAGAGGACUUUCAAAUCCUCAAUGUCUUCAUGGCAUUGAGGUUGUUCCAUCGCCGAAUCUUAUGAGUCUUGAUAAGGAUGAGCAGAAGAAGUGGAUCGAACUCACUGGCCGAGAUUUGAAUUUCACAAUCCCAACUGAAGCAAGUGAUUUCAGUUCAUGGAGGAAUCUUCCCAACACAGACUUUGAGCUCGAGAGACCACCACCCUCGAUCAAGAAUGUUCCAAAUCCACACCCAAAGAAGCUGCUUAAUGGAUCUGGGCUGAAUUUGUCAACCCAUCUGUCUAACCUCAGCAAUGGUGACACGACUGACCUAUCUCCUAUCAACAACAAGAAAAGGAAGGACUUUUUCCUUUAUGGGAAUGAUGAAGAAUGCUACUUGGCUGUUAAUCCUCCAUCUGAUCAGAUUCCAGAUUUGGAAAUGCACCCAAGUGAACCACACUGGUCGAAUGACUUUAGCGGCGUGAUGAGAAAUGUUUGUGGACCUGUUACAGCUGCAAAAACUAUUUAUGAGGACGAACAAGGUUACUUGAUCAUUAUCAGUCUGCCUUUUGUGGAUCUUCCAAGGGUGAAAGUUUCAUGGAGGAAUACUCUCACUCAUGGUAUCAUAAAGGUUUCUUGUGUGAGCACAUCUCGAAAGCCAUUUAUCAAAAGAAAUGAUAGGACAUUCAAGCUUGCAGAUCCAUCCUCAGAGCACUGCCCUCCUGGAGAGUUUGUUCGCGAAAUCCAACUCUCAACUCGAAUUCCUGAAGAUGCCAAUAUAGAAGCCUACUAUGAUGGACCAGGAUCAGUACUUGAGAUCAUGGUGCCAAAACUACGCCCAGGAUCAGAAGAGCAUGAAGUUCGUGUUUGCCUCCGCCCUAAUCUGGUGGGGAAUGAUCUCAAUGUUGACUUUAGUUAGGCACUUAUUAAAAAUUAUUGGGGUUGCCAGCAUGGUCCGUAAAUCAUUGUUUUACUAACUUUGUACCAUACAGUGUAUUCUAUAAUACAUGUGUUUCUUACAGUUGCCUCCCAUUUUUUUUCCUUACUAAUUGCGCUGGUUUUUGGGUCCUUGCAUCUAUUAGCUUUUGAUUCUAUAUCUCUGAACAUCCACUCCUAAAUCCUCAUCAUUUGUAUAUAUAAUUAUUAAAUCUUACCAUGCCUGUACUAGAACU